UGUGUAUAAAAAUGUACUCUGUGAUCUCAACAUCGAAAUGCCGAUGCAAAAAAAAAAUCAUUGUGUUUAAAAUGUCAUGUCAAUACGGCAAUAUAAAUUUGAUUUAGUUUUUUUUCUUUUUACUUAAUUCGUUUUUAUUUUAUAUGUAAUGAAUGCAAUAACAUAUAGAAUUUUCCUUCCAAUUUUCGUUUCGUAGAGCAAUCGCGUCUCAAAAAUCAUACCAAUAACAUGGCUGUGUGCAGGAUGUGUUUGGCGUCCAACUUAAACUUGUAUUCUAUUGUGAACACUCCUUUACAUGGAGUUUAUGAGAAACUAACUAAUGUGCCGUUGCAUGCAGACCUUAGACCCAUAGCAAUCUGUUACAUCUGCUAUGCUCAGCUUAACAAAUGUUAUAAUAUGAUUAUAACUUCGAUCAAAGCUAACAAUGUGCUCACCGAAAUACUACAAAGAUAUAUGGAGAUCUCUCCAAAAUCAGUGGCAAUGCUAGACCCCAUGGCCAGCACAUCUAUGUCCACAUCAUACUGCAUAUCACCCCUGAAUCAUUUCUGCUACCCUGACAUGUCGGAGACCACAGCUAUGGAAUGUGAGGAGCCUAAUGUUUCCACACGAAAUGACUCCGAUGCAUACACUACAGCCGAAAGCAGCGACACCGAUGAUUCAAGCGAGAAACAAUCAUAUGCGUUGGGUAGAAAAGGAGCUCAGAAACGACAGGCAACAAAGAAAGCUAGGGAAAAAGAAACGCUGAGAAAUUUGAAGACGCAAAGUGGCGAGAAACCUUACGAAUGUAAUAUCUGCAAUCAAAGGUUUAAGUUUGUAGGAAAUUUAAAAAUACAUUUGCGAACACACAGCGGUGAGAAACCUUACGAAUGUAAUAUUUGCUUGCGUAAAUAUAGUGAAAAGGGCUCUCUUAAUAGGCAUUAUAAAGUGCAUUCAGGCGAGAAACCAUAUGAAUGUAGUGUUUGUCAACGUAGGUUUAACCAUAACAGUAAUUUAAUCAUACAUUUAAGGAAACACACCGGUGAGAAACCUUACGAAUGCAACGUCUGCCAACGGAGGUUUAACCAAAUAAGUAAUUUAAGGACUCAUUAUAGAAAACAUACGAACGAAAACCCUUAUCAAUGCAAUAUGUGCCCAAGAAGGUUCAGUCAAAAUGGUAAUUUGAUUAAGCAUCUGAGAAAACAUACGGGCGAGAAACCUUACGAAUGUAAUGUUUGUUUGCGUAAGUUUAGCGAGAAAGGGUCUUUGAAUAGACAUUCUAAAAUACAUACCGGCCAGAAACCUUACGAAUGCAGCGUAUGUCAACGCAAGUUUAACGACAAUAGUAAUUAUAUUAAACAUUUUCGGAAACAUUCAGCUCAAUAGUUUAAUAAUGUGAAAGUUUGCACAUCAUUGUGCUAAAUUUAACUACCGGAUAAUUCUUGAUGAAUUUCUGUACACGGGUAGAAAAUAACUAGGAAAUUCCUAUUCGAGAAAUGCCCAGCGGUAGCUAGUUACUAUCAAAUAAUUUAUUAAGAAAU